GAAGACUCCCUGAAUGGCUGACGUCUGACAACAUGCACCACCAGUGGCUUCUGCUGGCCGCAUGUUUUUGGGUGAUUUUCAUGUUCAUGGUGGCUAGCAAGUUCAUCACGUUGACCUUUAAAGACCCCGACGCGUACAGUGCCAAACAGGAGUUUCUGUUCCUGACAACCACGCCGGACGAGAGCAAGCUGUCAGAGGAGAAGCACUUUCCCGAGGAACUGAAGCCAACUGGAAAAACGCCUUCGGACAGCCGGCUUGUUCAGCCCCUGGUCUACAUGGAGCGCCUGGCACUCAUCCGAAACGUCUGCAGAGACGAAGCCCUGAGGAAUCUCUCACACACGUCCGUCUCCAAGUUUGUUCUGGACCGAAUAUUUGUCUGUGACAAGCACAAGAUUCUUUUCUGCCAGACUCCCAAAGUGGGCAACACUCAGUGGAAGAAAGUGCUGAUCGUUUUGAACGGAGCAUUUCCUUCUAUCGAAGAGAUCCCUGAAAACGUGGUCCACGACCAUGAAAAGAACGGCCUCCCCCGCUUGUCUUCUUUCAGCGACGCAGAGAUUCAGAAACGAUUGAAAACCUACUUCAAGUUUUUUAUUGUACGAGAUCCCUUUGAAAGACUCAUUUCUGCGUUCAAGGAUAAGUUUGUUCACAACCCACGCUUUGAGCCUUGGUACAGGCAUGAGAUCGCUCCCGGCAUCAUCAGGAAAUACAGGCGGAACCGAACGGAGACCCGGGGGAUCCAGUUUGAAGAUUUUGUGCGUUACCUGGGCGAUCCAAACCGCAGAUGGCUGGAUCUUCAGUUUGGGGACCACAUCAUCCACUGGAUGACGUUUGUAGAGCUCUGCGCGCCCUGCGAGAUCACGUACAGCGUGGUGGGACACCACGAGACGCUGGAGGACGACGCUCCGUACAUCUUAAAAGAAGCUGGGAUAGACCACCUCGUGUCGUACCCGACCAUCCCUCCCGGCAUCACCGUGUAUAAUAAAACCAAGGUGGAGCACUACUUCCUCGGGAUAAGCAAACGAGACAUCCGGCGCCUGUAUGCACGUUUUGAAGGGGACUUCAAGCUCUUUGGGUAUCAGAAGCCAGACUUUUUGCUAAACUGAGACCUAGGACCUGUGCAUUCAAUUAUCUUCGUUAGACCAGGGGCUAGCAGGUAGAGAUCUGAGCACAGAAAUGACGCUUCCUCGGUGAUGCUCCUGAAGACUGCCACAGUCUCCCGCGCACCUGCCAGCACCUUGGCUCGUGAAGUAGGGCCCGACUGUGAUCACUUAGUGGGGGCACAAGCUGCAGUGAAGGGCCCCCACCCCACCCUGACUGGUGUCUUUAGGAUGCCACUACGUUUGCUCUCCUCAGAGGAAGAAAAAGACUAAAAAUGUGCAGCCUGACAGACCAGGAGGGAAAUGACACCGUGUCAUGUCACUCAUUUGUCAGAGGUGGGCUCUUUCCGUGGUGAUCUGUAACGGUCAGGCGGCAGUCUCAUCUGUCACAGGUGGAUUGCAGCCUCGGCGCCCAGCACUUCCAGGAGGGACAGGAGAAGCUAACGGACAGCAAAGAUGGCAGGGGCUGACACGGGAUCAAACUCCAGUAAUACAACAAUGGUGCUGCUGUCAUCAGGGAGGCCAACCGAACUUCCCACGGCACGAUUGUUUUCUUCUAAAUUGCAGUAAUGACCAAAGGGCAGUGUCAGGCAGAACAGCUUCUCAGAAUACAUCCCUGUAUAACGCUAGUUCGUAUAUCUGAUCCUUUGCCUGCUAAGCAGUUACCUGGUUCGGCCCAAGAGGUACAGCUGUGGAAAGUGAGGGGGUGUGUAAUGUUUCCACCCGAGAGAGGGAACAUUUUCGGGGGUCUUACAGGGAACGUGGCACAGUACCUGAAGGCCUGGCGGGUUCCAGGAGCGGAGGAUUUGUGCCAUGGGUUUGUGCCCAUCUCCUGACUUGUGCAGCCUUGUGUCUUGAUCUGCCCCGCUCUGGAUGGGCAGCAGGGAGUUCUCCACCAGCCUCCUCCAGGAACCCCCGCCCUGGGGCCGAAGGCAGGCAUGGGCAGCGUGCCAGCACUGCAGAAUUCUGUACAGUUUACACAUUUCAGUUUCAUCUCAGCCAGAUAGACACCCGCCCCUGGGCCCAUUUCUCAUACUGCCACCAUCCUGGACUAAGAGGCUGGAAGAUGGGUGACUGAGUUCACCAGCAAUAAAAUCCUGGGCUGACACAGCCUGCAGGCGCUGAGCGAGUCCCCAGCAAGGAGCAGGCCACAGGCACCAUCUGACCAUGUGGGUCCUUGAGGUAGGACCCUUGUGAAGAGCCCCAAGAUCUCAGCCUUGAACAGAUGGCCCCAGGCCCGGGAGGAGGGAGCUGAGCUUUUCUUCCAGGCAGCCUCAACCUUUCGUUUUUCUCAAAGUGGCACUGGAAAGAAGGCUUCCUGUGUUUCUAAAUGUGAAGGUAAAACAAAAUUAAAAAC